ACAGUUGGAAACAGAAAAAGGGACAAAAAAACAAGGAAAAAGACUUACUUGGCGCGUAAAAAGGAUUACAUUUCCAAACCCAGAUGAUAAUCUAACAGGUCUUCGCUGGUAAAAUUCUUCCAAAAUUAAAGCAGACAAACAAGACCAGUCUAUCUUCUUCUUCAACUUCUUCAUCUUCUUUUCUCAGGUCAACCUUGUUUACGUUGAAGCAACGUAUAUUAACAUAUUUAAUACUCUCACUAUUUCUUCUUUUGUUACCAACCCAUUUUUUUGUUUUUUCAUUUAAUCACCAUUAAUCCUCCCUUAACUACUGCUUAUCUCAACCCUUCACAAAAAAUUAGCUUCUCUAGUUCUCUGUGAUCUCUUCUUCUCAGGUGUAAUUAUUAAAGAUGGGAAAACAUUUAUGGCGAAAACACUCAUAUGUAAGAGUUGAAGAUGAUCAUCCAGGAUGUAUAUGGACUGUAUUUCGAAUGCUUGAUUAUCAUCCAUGGGAUAACUUCAGAAAAAAGCUUCCUUACAAUAAGCAUGAAAAAUCAACAAAAAGUAAAGGAAUAAAGCCAGAAGAAGAGCAUUUAACCAGCAAAACUCUAGAAUUGCAGGAGGAUUCCAUCAUAAAGUACUCUGCUUCUGUCAAUUCGAGUUCUACUAGAAAUGGCUCAACAAGCAAGAGGUCUAUCAAAGCUAGAAUUAGAGCGCUUAUGAAGGAGAAAGACAACUCAACAAAUCCAGAUUUUCUUAUUCAAGAAUCUGAGUUUCAAAGCCAUGAGAAGUACAAUGUUGAUGAUAGUGCUCCAACCUUGAUGUCUCUUCUUAAGGCAAAUCCAAAAUUGAUCAAAAGCAUUACUAAAGUUGAAGAUUCGAGCAAUAUGAAACACGGAACAAACCUUAAACACAAGGAUUCGAAGAAGGAAGAUGAUUUUGUGGGUGUUUUAGAGUUAUUUAGAGUAGAUCAAGACUUAUUCGUUAAGUUUUUACAGGACAGUCCUCCAAGAAGAAAGCCAAGGUUGGUUAAGUCUGGUACAUUUCCUUCACGGAGUCCUUCUAACUUCGGGACAACACCACCUAGCAAAGUCGAGCAUAAGCACAACGAAGUUUGGCCUAUAUCUAGCAAUGGACGCGGCCUUCAAAAGGCCAAGUCACAAGGUUUCAUAAGAUCAUCAUCUCUUACAGAGUCCUUGGAAAAAUAUGGUUAUUUGUUUGAUAGUACAAGUACAAAAGCUAUUAAGAAGCAUCUAUCUAAGAGCUUUAGGUUAAUGAAUGAGAAGGAAUAUGUGUUAUUGAAUGAUCUUCAUGGUAGACGAUCUUCCAAAGAGAGACUCGAUUUCUCUGAGAGUGAGUCUAAUUCAUUCACUAUGAGUGAUGAUCCAUCUCGAGCUAGUCUUGAAAGAUGGAAUAACACUAUUCGUGGGGAAGGACCGGGAUUAAGGCUUGAUUCUCCUAGAAAAUUUCUGAGUUUCAGUGAAUCACAAUCAGAUGAAAAGGAAAAUAGCUUCAUUGUUGAGCAAAGGCGGAGUUUUGAAACAACUAGCGAUGAAGCAAAUGAUGGGGUUACUUCAACUUCAGUCCUAGAGGUUCGUUCUCAAACGAAUGAGAUCGAAAAUAUGGACUGUUUAAUCAUGGAAGAAUCAUCAUUGGUCUCAAUGAGAACACAUACAUUAUCUGAAAAUAUAGAGUACACUCAACACUUGGAUGAUCAGUUUUUGGUGGACAACUAUAACGAAGAAUUACAGUAUGUGAAAUAUGUUCUUGAUAUAAUAGGCAUCACCACAGCAGCAGCAUACCAACGUGAAACAUGGCAUUCACAAAAUCAACCACUUGAUCCUGCACUUUUUGAUGGGAUUGAGGUUUGUUGCCCUUUUGAGCCUAAAUCAUCAAACAAAGAUGUAGCAGUUUUCGUGUCCGAAUCUCACCGUAAAAUCUUGUUUGAUUUGAUCAACGAGGCGUUAAUUGAUAUUGAUGAGAGAUCCAACGUAUAUUACCCCAAAGCAUUGUCAUAUUGGUGCCAUAUUUGUCCUAAGACAAACGAGAAAAACCAUAUUGUUGUAGAUGUUUGGGAAUUUGUCGAGAAGUUGCUAAAUUGGAAGCCAGAGUUAGACCCAUCACUUGAUCUUGCAAUGUCCCAUGACUUAUCAAAUGAUAAGAAUGGUUGGGUUAAUCUUCAAAUGGAUACUGAAGGUCUUGGCUUAGAUUUGGAAGAUUUGAUUUUUAAUGAGAUAUUGGAUGAAAUUGUUUGUUAUUGAUUGUUUUUGUUUAUGUGUUAGCCCACCUACACGACUUUUUUAGAAUGUAUAUUGUAUAGUGAAUUAAUGUGUUA